UGCAAUUAUUGGAAAAUGCGCAGCUAUAGGACCCAAAGCUCCGCCACCAAAGGGUGCAGACACUUUAUCGCAUUGAGAACCUCUUCGUGUUUCCGGGAACAAUAAACAAAAAUUCAAAGAAAUGCACAGUUCUCUUGAACUGAGAUACAGAGAUUGUCAACUAAAUAUGGAUGGCAUUGUUUAUGGGCGUGUCGAUGGGUACGCACCGAGAAUCACCCAGUGGACCGUGACUGCUGAAAUAUAGAUGACUCGACAACCGACCAGUUGAUUGGUCGAUUAAAAUUUUUAUCCAAUUUCUUCAGGUAGAGUAUAAAUAGGGGGAGAUAUAGUAAUAGUUAACUGCAUUUCCAUUCCCCAGCUGUCUUAUUUUGUACAAUUCCAUCGCAGUGUGGUCCCCAUAACCAGCGUACUAAGUUAAAUAUCGACAAAACUACAGGGGAUGUCGAAAUGAAAUUAAAACCCCAUGUGUAACUCAAGAAAAGGGCCACUGAAACAAUUCAGCUGGAAAACUAUUUUACGAUAGAAAUUAAUAAUUUAGAGAACUUAACGAAGAAGAGAUAUUGACGCUAUACAAAUAUGAUGCAGGAACUGGUCAGGAUGGAUUCGUUCAUGUUACCGUCGUCUGUGAUGCGUGCUGCUAUCGACACAGACUCCGCGCAGAAGACAGGGAUGCCGUGUGCCUUGACUUUCUCUAUCCAGGAUUUAAACAGCAGUCUCCCAACAGAUACCAUGGAUACGGACGGUUUUGGAACCCCCUCUUCUUAUAUCCCCAGUGAUAGCGACACGCCCCUCUCCACACCCGACACCCCUCUCACACCACGUCACGGACUGGUGCGACCAAACCAUUUCUUAUUCCCCGGUGAUUCCGGAUUCCACGCUAGUCAUAUCUACUCUCUAAACAGCGAAAAAGUGUCAUUGAAAAGUUCUACCAAAACUAAAAAGCGAACUUCAGUUGCUCCAAGUAAAGACGUGCUGAAGCGCAGACGACUAGCGGCAAACGCCAGAGAAAGACGGCGGAUGGAGAGUCUGAAUGUAGCGUUCGAUCGUCUGCGAGAGGUGAUUCCGUCGGCGGGAGAAGACCAGAAACUAUCCAAGUACGAAACACUGCAGAUGGCGCAGAGUUACAUAGGGGCACUGCAGGAGCUGCUGGAGAAAAAGUGAAAAAUUAACAGAAAAUUAGAUCAAAAAAAGAGACAAGGUCUAAUUAACUUACUGUACAGAUUUGUACAAAGUGAUAAAAGAGGACCGAGAUGGAACCGCUUUAAAAGGCCGCUCAGAAAUGUGUUCCUAAAUGUACAUCACGGGUGACACGGUGGAAUAACAGAGAAACGAUAGAUUUAAAUGUGCCUCUAUCUCCCCAAUCAGACCCGUGUAUAAUGGGGUGCCCCCGUCACAAUAGACGACUUCCGCUAAAAAGAACAAAAUAUUGUGAUUAUGUAACAAGAAACUGGAUAGUAUCGUCUCAUCAAGUUCGCCACUAUUGAAGAGACACAAAAGACACGUCAUAAAAAUACAAAAUUUAUUCCGAUUUCUCUGAAAUUGUUAUAAUUCUGUUUAUUCGUACGGACCAUUUCUGGAAGACACCAUGCACUGCCUGAUUGUACAGACUGCUUUUACGUGAAAUGCUAUAUGUAACCCAAAACAAUACACUGUGCCUUACACGCUCUUUUGUUUAAUAGGAGCUGCGUGUUAUCAACUUUUUUGUUAUUGUAUAUUUUAUUCUUUUAUAUUGUGCUCCCUUUUCGCGCAGCUUUUUGUUCUAUGUUAACUAAUCAUAUAUACACAUUUAUAUAUUUUGUAAAAUUUCAAGAUUUUUAUAUUUUUUACAAAUUAAA